AUGGGUGGAACACAGUAUGGAAAGUUCCAAGACUUCUGUCGUGAUGCGACACUACCUAUAUGCAAUAUCCUCGUCACGAACAAUCAACCACCUGGCCUCGCAUAUGGAGGCUGUGUCCUGCGUGGAAUUACGUUAAAUAACAACCGCAAUCUCGCCAACUUGGGCUCAAUACUGCUCUGUGGCAUUGCCAUCGUUGUUGCCCUGUUUCUGCUAUGGCGCGCAGAGAGGAAAGCUGCCGCCGUUGGUCGUCGGGAAAUGCAGAUGUUUCUGGUCGGUUAUAUCAUCAUCGAAAUCUGCGAAAUAUUCACAGUCGGCGGUUUUCCAUUGAACAACGAUGUGCGGAAAGGUUUCACAGCCGUCCAUCUGGCUGCUAUCGUGGCGACCAUGUGGAUCUUGCUCAUGAACGCAGUAGUGGGCUACCAGUUAGUGGAUGACGGCACGCCAUUGUCAAUGGGGUUGAUCGGCCUCAGCUCCCUGGCAUUGUUCGUCGGCACUGGCUAUAUUGCACUGGACACGGCAUUCUCUUGGACAGGGUUUUGGGACAGUUCGUUACAGCCACCGCACCAGAACUACGCCCUCUACACGCUAUAUCAACUGGCACCGCUGGUAUUCAUGUUCUUGUUCUUCGUCCUCGAGUCGAUAUUGGUCCUCAAGAUCCUCGGCGAAACGAAACCAAUGAUCUACCUGCUUGCCGCAGCCCUCCUCUUUGCGAUUGGCCAAAUCUUCAUGUAUGUGAUAUCGACACACAUUUGCAAAGGUACCGAUGGCGACAUCAAUGGUACCCUUUUCGCGACCCUCUUCACGCUCCUCAGUGUCGUGGCAGUGUUCGUCUUCUGGUCAUCAAUCACUGAAGACGACUGGCCGAUCCAAUAA